UAGAGCGCAGAGGUCACGUGACGGGAGCGGUGUCUUUUUUUUAUUUUAUUUUUUUGAGGCUCCACCGCUCCAGGUGACGUCAUCACUCGUACACCGCCAGCUCUGCUCGGCUGCUUGUACCGGGCCCCCCGAGGCUUACCGUUAUGCCGCUGUGCACAGUGUGAGGCUGGCUGUGUUUGGGGGACAGAGGUACGGCUGCUCUGACCUGGUAUUUGCAAUGCCGGAGCUGGCGUACAUGGGCCCGUCCCCAGAGGGCUGAAGAAUGAAGAUCUCCUGUAUCGGGCUGACUAAGUUCUGUUUCCUGCUCUCCGUGUCUGUAUGUCUUGUGUUUUUCCUCUUUAUUCCAUGGAUGAAGUACGGUUCCCUGAUCCCUCAGCCCUUCCUUGCCUGUAACGUCACCUGUAGCAGCAGAUACUUGGAGUCUCAGCUGGAUGUUGUCAGACUUUCUCUGAGCGGCCACGACCAAAGGGACGUUCUCCAGCGAUGGAAGAACUACAGGGUCAGCCUCAAAGACACCGAUUACCUCAAGGAACCUCUACGAAUUGAAGAUGUAUUUAUUGCAGUAAAGACCACCCGGAAAUAUCACAGAAAUCGCUUAGAGCUUCUCCUGCAAACCUGGAUCUCCCAGGCUAAGGAGCAGACCUUCAUAUUCACGGAUUGGGAAGACCAGGAGCUGCGUCAGAAAGCGGGGAAUCAAAUGGUGAACACCAACUGUUCUGCAGUUCACACUCGCCAAGCUCUGUGUUGUAAGAUGGCCGUGGAGUAUGACAAGUUUGUGUUGUCCUCCAAAAAGUGGUUCUGUCAUUUGGAUGAUGACAAUUAUCUAAACUUGAGAGCUCUGCUAAAUCUUCUCUCUGCCUUCCCUCACAACGCUGACAUUUACGUGGGAAGGCCAAGUCUAGAUCAUCCAGUCGAGAUCUUGGACAGAGUGAAAGGAGAUGGUUCAACAUCUCUGAAGUUCUGGUUUGCCACUGGAGGUGCGGGCUUCUGUAUUAGCCGAGGACUUGCCCUGAAGAUGAGUCCCUGGGCAAGUAUGGGGAACUUCAUGAGCACCGCAGAGAAGGUUCGUCUACCGGACGAUUGCACCAUUGGGUACAUCAUUGAAGGGAUGCUGGAUGGGAAAUUACAGCACAGUAACCUGUUCCAUUCACACCUGGAAAACUUACAGAGGCUUCCACAGAGCUCAUUGCUUCAGCAGGUGACUCUAAGCUAUGGUGGUCCUGAAAACAGAAGGAAUGUGGUGCGUAUAGCUGGAUCCUUCAGCCUGGAACAAGAUCCCACUCGGUUCAAAUCUAUCCAUUGCCUGUUUUAUCCUGACACAAGCUGGUGUCCUAACCAGAAGCCUUCAUCACAUUGAAAUGAUCCCCCAGCCUGAACUACCACUGUGAAUUGAUAGACAGCUUCGCUAGCUUCAAGACCAUGCAAGUGCUGACCCACACUCCCAGGAAAGAGCGGGCUCCUUCCAUGUCUUCCCAUUUUCUGCACUGCGUAAAGAAAAAAAAACAAAUCCUCUCAUUUAUUAUUAUUAUUUGGUGUUCACUUGAAUGUUCUCUGGUGUUCCCUGGUAUCAUCCAUUUUGAGCAGACUGCUGCGUUUAUGGCUUAUUCAGACGGCCGUA